AUGGCAGCAUCACAGGCACGUGAGCGGAAUGGGCCGAAAAAGAGUCCAUGGACUCCUAAAGAAGAUCAGAAACUGAUAAGAUACAUCAAGAAACAUGGUGAGCCUAGACAGUGGACAAAGGUCCCAAAGCUUGCGAGGCUGAACAGGUGUGGGAAGAGUUGUAGAUUGAGGUGGCUCAAAUAUCUGAGGCCCGAUAUCAAGCGAGGGAACUUCACUCAAAACGAAGAAGACACCAUCAUCAAACUUCAAUCUGUUCAUGGCAACAGGUGGGCCUUUAUUGCCACUCGACUUCCUGGCCGGACUGACACUGAAAUCAAGAACUAUUGGAACACCCGUUUGAAGAAGCUUGCGAAAAGGAUAUUUCCCCAGCCACUCAAACACCACUAUGCCCUGAAGUUGCAGUCAGAUGCACGGGUACCCAAUCCUCACCUCCAUGGAGUUGGUUUCAUUUCAACAUACCCUACGGGGGCUCUCACCGGUCAAGGAUCCGGUUUCAAUUAUCAGGCGAUGAGGGACCCAACAGUUUACAACCCUCCAGACCAAUUUGAUCGUUUGAUUACCAGCAUUCUAAAUACGGGGACCCCGAUACAACCGUUACUCGCAGUUGCUGGUUGGUUAGCUUCUACUGGGGCUUAUCUAAGGGACUACGCCCUGGGAUUGUACUCAGAUGCAGAGCUACCUAAUCUUCACUCGCUGCAUAACCCCGUAGUACAGCCGGGCUUCAGUGACAUUACACCCGAUCCUCAGGCUCAGCUCGCUGGACUUGGUUUCAUUUCAACAGACCCUGCUCAGACUCUCCCCAGUCAUCACAACUAUCCAGACGAGCAUGGUUCUUUGUUUGUUAAUAUUCCAACUGAAAGGUCUGUUCCUGCAGUUCUAGUUUCAGACUCAACCGAGCGCUCCAGGAACCGAGCGCUCCAGGGCCAACCAAGUAGUGGAGAACGAGGUCACGCCAGCUGA